CGCAUGAUGCAAUCUGAGCCGCAUGAUGCAUCAGAUCCGACGGCUAGAUUUUAUUCUCAUUUCUCUCCACAAGAUGCAUUCUGGGGGCGGUUCAGGUUUGGACCGAGGAGCAGCAUCAUUAAAGGUUCACCACAGGCAUCAUCCUUGUGCCUCAACUCAUGAUCUCUCCACUCCACCAAGCCUCACCCAGACUCUGGCUCGGGACCAGUUGCAAGUUAACUCAAUCCAUGACCGAGUCAGAAAGGUCGAGCGCCUCAGCGAAGCCGCGGCCAUUUUACCGACCCAAUCUCCCAACCUCAACUCAUUAUAUUUCGGCACCACGAGAUAUGUCGUCUCCGUCUCCGUCGGCACCAAUGCGACGGACCUCGUCCUCAUCUUCGACACCGGAUCCGACCUCACCUGGACCCAGUGCCUCCCCUGCGCCCGGCCGGGAGGUUGCUACGAGCAAGUGUUAUCCAUUUUCGACCCGAAGAAUUCCCAUACUUAUUCUAGCACCUCUUGCAACUCCGCCGCGUGCUCCGCCAUGGACCGAGUUCCUGGACCCACGAGGAAUUGCUCAUCGCCUUCGUCAGCGUGUGGGUACGCGAUAUCGUACGACGACUCGUCCUUCUCCGUGGGCUACUUGGGGAAAGACCGAUUGACUUUGCCGCAUGCAGAUGCCGUCAUAGACAAUUUCACAUUCGGGUGCGGGCACUACAACAACGGGACUUUCGGUAAGGUCUCGGGGAUUCUAGGCCUCGGCCCCGGCCCCUUAUCGAUCGUCUCCCAAACGGCUGAAAAGUAUGGCAAAAUCUUCUCGUACUGCCUCCCCACGCAAAACGGAAAUAAUGACGGGUAUCUAAAAUUUGGGAGAUAUCAAGAUGCAGGGAAGAAUUUCAGUUUCACUCCCUUCGCAAAGAAGGGCAAUAAUGACACCUCUUUCUACUACGUCCAAGUCCAAUCCAUCAGCGUUGCUGGGAAGAAACUCCCAGUUAACGCGAUGGCAUCUGGAAAUGCCAGAAUGAUCAUCGAUCCUGGCACCACCUUAACCCAUCUCCCCCCGAAAGCGUACGGGGCGCUCAAAUCCGCCUUCGAGGAGGCGAUGAAAACUUACAAUACGGCACACGCGUUUUCCGUACUGGACAACGGCUGCUUCGACCUCAGCAACUACGCCAAAACAAAGACUAAGAUUAACAUCCCGACCGUAGUCUUCGAGUUCAGCGGGAACGUCACGGUGGGUGUACCCAAGCAUGGGACCGUGACUGUGGCCGACGAAAAUUAUUCUCGGGUGUGCUUGGCCUUCCUCGCUAACAAAGACCGCAAGGAUGUAGGAAUUUAUGGAAGCAUGCAGCAGCAGACUUUGGAGGUAGUAUACGACGUCGCAGGAGAGAGGCUCGGCUUCAGCCCUGCUGGCUGGACAGAACAAAGCAUUGCAGUUAACGAAAAUCCUUUUUAUGAUGAGGAGUCCUCGAACCAGGCACAGAGGCCACUAAGACAAGAUCGAGCAUCAGCGAGGGACAAGAGGGGUGAGGAGGAACCUGCUAUUGCCCCAGUUGACUCCAACCUAGAAGAAGACGACAGCUGUGAUGCAGCGCCAAAAUUGACCACCCCAGCUACUGCUACGACUGACUGCAACCCAGACGGGGUCGCCAAAAAUGAUGCAGCACCAGCACCGACGACUGAUCUCAAUGGCCCAGUGGCCGACGGAAACCCUAAUCCCAUCCUUCCAGUCUCCAUGCCUUCUAUGAAAGAGAAACCUGUUGCUGAGCUUGGACGCGGGAGAUGGCCGGGAACGAGUAGCGAAUGUCCGUUUAGCCAAUUAUGUGACCCACAUUGUUGCGUCUAAUGACAGAUGUAGAUAUCCACUUG